AUGUUAUUACCAGAAAGUGCUAAUACCCAAAGUUUAAUCAAAAGAACUAUAUAUUAUACUUAUGAUGACUAUUCUAGUUGGUGGAAAUGGAGAUGGUUGUUAUGGAUAUUGAUAUUGAUUCCUGUUUUUGUUACCAUCUUUGUAAUAUCAAGAAGAGCAAGAAAGAACAAAGUGGUAGCUUAUAACAACCCUGAUCCCCAAGCAAAUCAGACCUAUUAUUAUAACAAUAAUCAAUAUCAAGGAGAGUAUAAUGGAAAUAAUGAUUUACCACCACAAGCUACUCCAGGAUAUAUUCCUCCAGCUUAUCUAGAAACUUCACAACAACAAGGAUACAAUCCGCAACAACUGGGGAAUUACAAUUCUGGAGAAAUUUCUAAACCGGAAGAUCCACCUCCAGCACAUACAAAAGCUCAAUAG